AUGAGCUGUCGGGAUAAGCCAGGGCAGCUCAUAAACUGGUUCCUCUGCUCCUUGUGCGCCCCAAGGGUACGGAAACUCUGGAGCAGCCGGCGCCCCAGGACGCGGAGGAACCUCCUGCUGGGCACCGCCUGCGCCAUCUACCUGGGCUUCCUGGUCAGUCAGGUGGGGCGCGCCUCUGUCCAGCACGCAAGGCCGGCAGGAAAGGGUCCGCACCGGAGCCGGGCUGCCACCGAGGCCCCCUUCCCUGAGAUACCCCUGGAUGGCACGCUGGCCCCUCCCGAGUCCCAGGGCAAUGGAACCACGCUGCAGCCCAACGUGGUGUACAUCACCCUGCGCUCGAAGCGCAGCAAGCCAGCUAACAUCCGUGGCACGGUGAAACCGAAGCGCAGGAAAAAGUAUGCGGUGGCUUCUAGAGUCCCGGGGCCCGAGGCUUUGGGGGGACCAUCCCUUCGGCCUCAGGUAGCUGCAAGGGCAGCGGAUCCUGGAGUGCCUGGGCACGUCCCAGGGGCAAACCUGGCCAAGGCUGGGGGGCGACCCUGGAGGUGGAUCCAGGGUCCGGGAGCGCGAGGUGGGGCCCCCGAUGUGCAGCUGCCCCUGGCCGGGGAGAGCAACAUCCGGAUCUACAGCGAGAGCGCCCCGUCGUGGCUGAGCAAAGAAGACAUCGGCCAGAUGCGCCUGCUGGCCAACGGCGCCGUGGCGGGUCUCCAGCCGGCUCAGUCCAGGAGCGGAGCACGCCUGCUGGUGCUGGAGGGGACUACCCGGCCCUCGGUGCCUGCCUGCGGUCCCAGCCCCUGCGGGCUGCUCAAGCAGUCUCUGGACAUGAGCGAGGUGUUUGCCUUCCACCUGGACAGGAUCCUGGGACUCAACCGGACCCUGCCCUCUGUGAGCAGGAAGUCUGAGUUCGUUCAAGAUGGCCGCCCAUGUCCUUUCAUCCUCUGGGAUCCAUCUUUGUCUCCAACAAAUAAUGAGACCCACUCUUCUGUUAAGCUCACUUGGGGAACUUAUCAACAGUUGCUGAAACAGAAGUGCUGGCAGAAUGGUCGAGUACCCAAGCCUGAAUGGGGCUGUACUGAAAUACAUCACCACGAGUGGUCCAAGAUGGCCCUCUUUGAUUUUUUGUUACAGAUUUAUAACCGCCUGGAUACCAAUUGCUGUGGGUUCCGACCUCGGAAGGAAGAUGCCUGUGUACAGAGUGGACAGAGUUCAAAAUGCGACAACCAGGAUGCCGUGGUUCUAGCCCACAUUGUUCAGCGAAAGCAGGACCCAAGACACUUGGUUUUUAUAGAUAACAAAGGUUUCUUUGACAGAAGUGAAGAUAACUUGAACUUCAAACUCUUAGAAGGCAUCAGAGAGUUUCCCGAAUCUGCAGUUUCUGUUUUGAAGAGCCAGCACUUACGGCAGAAACUCCUUCAGUCUCUGUUUCUUGAUAAAGUCUACUGGGAAAGUCAGGGGGGUAGACAGGGCAUCGAAAAGCUGAUCGAUGUGGUAGAGCAGAGAGCCAAGAUCCUGCUCACCUACAUCAAUGCACAUGGGGCCAAAGUGUUACCUAUGAACGAAUAA